UUGUCAGCAGCAGUGAGGGAAUCACCGAGCACACAUGCACGCGCGCUUCACUCUCACGCUCCUCCAGUGCUCCACAGAUCUUCAUUGCUCCAGUCUGUUGAUGUGAGACGCGGAUGACAAAGUUGAAAUCGCAGGUGCACGAAUCGAACCGUCCCUUUGCAGACGUUUUAACGAAGAAGACGGGUUAUAUCGUGAGUCAUUCUGUGAUGGCUUUAUAAGGUUGUGUGUGAGAUCUCUGGGAACAAUCGUGAGCAGAAUGCAUAGACACAUGACUAGAGAAUCCUUCCUCGUCCUCUUCCUCAUCAUCAGCCUGAUGUGGCCCAUACAUUCAGAGAUCUCCAACUGCGUCAUCAAACGUGAGGAGGAGAGAUGCAUGGAGCGAAUCGCCCUGCACAAGCCAAAAGAUGACGAAAACUUUGAGUGUCCGUGGGAGUGGGACAAUCUGACCUGCUGGGAGGCGGCCAGUGUCGGCGAGGUCAUGAAGGUCAACUGUCCCGAGCUCUUCGAGUUUAUGAGUCCAGAGGAGGGGCUCGGCACGAUCAGCAGAAACUGUACAGAGUUCGGUUGGUCUGAACCGUAUCCGUACUAUGGUGAUGCCUGUAUGAUUGGUGACAACACAACCAAGCCUGACAUGUACUACGCGUCUGUGAAGGCUCUCUAUACGGUGGGCUACAGCACGUCUCUGGUGUCUCUGAUCGCAGCUAUGGUCAUUCUGUGUCGCUUCAGGAAGCUUCACUGCACCAGGAACUUCAUCCACAUGAACCUGUUUGUGUCCUUCAUCCUGAGAGCCAUCUCUGUGUUCAUUAAAGAUGGGGUCCUGUACGCAGAGGAGGACAGUGACCACUGCUUUGUUCAUACUGUGGGGUGCAAGGCGGUGAUGGUCUUCUUCCACUACUGUGUGAUGUCAAAUUACUUCUGGCUCUUCAUCGAAGGUCUCUAUCUCUUCACACUCCUGGUGGAAACCUUCUUUCCUGAGAGACGCUACUUCUACUGGUACACCAUCAUCGGCUGGGGAACGCCCACCAUUUGUGUGACCAUAUGGGCCGUUCUGCGCCUACAUUUUGAUGAUUCUGGUUGCUGGGACAUGAAUGAUAAUACUGCCCUCUGGUGGGUGAUCAAGGGACCCGUUGUAGCAUCAAUCAUGAUUAAUUUUGUCCUCUUCAUUGGAAUCAUUAUAAUCCUGGUGCAGAAGCUGCAGUCUCCAGACAUCGGCGGGAACGAGUCCAGCAUCUACCUCAGCUGUGCACAGAAAUGCUUCAGUGAGCCCACACAGGCUGCCCAGCAUUCGUGCAGGAUGUCAGAGCUUUCUACCAUCACGCUGCGUCUGGCGCGCUCCACCCUGCUCCUCAUCCCUCUGUUUGGAAUUCACUACACUGUUUUUGCUUUCUCCCCGGAGGAUUUCAGCAAGCGGGAGCGACUGGUCUUUGAGCUGGGCCUGGGCUCCUUUCAGGGGUUUGUGGUGGCCGUGCUGUACUGCUUUCUGAAUGGAGAGGUGCAGUCGGAGAUAAAGAGGAAAUGGAGGAGUUGGACGGUGAACAGGUACUUUGCUGUGGACCUGAAGCAGCAGCGUCACCCUUCGCUAGCGAGCAGUGGGGUGAACGGGGGGACGCAGCUGUCCAUCCUCAGCAAGAGCAGCUCACAGAUACGCAUGUCCAGCCCUCUGGCCGAGACGGUCAACCUCAACCUGCCCACCUGAGCGCCUGAUUGGCCAGUCGGUCCAUAAGCCCCACCCUCCAACUCACCUUCUUCCCCUGCAGUAGGGCCGACCAAUCACAAUUAGAGAAGAACUAGUGAUUAUUCGUGAAAUCUCUGGUUAGUAUUUAAAGAUUCCAAACAAGAUCUAGAUCGUCUCACCCAUUAUCGGUUAGAAACGAUUUGUCCAGGGAAAUAUUUAUAGUGCCAAAACUGUUUUGAGCUUAAAAGUUGCUAUUCAGAUUAAGAACCAGAACGCAACUUUUUGAAGGCUUUCUAAUUAAUCUAAUAGUAAACAACAAUACUAGCAUAAAAUAAUGUUGUUUUUAUUCAAUAAUAAUCCAGAACAGGGGCUGUAUGAUUCAAACCGCAAUGCAAAAUGAGAUUGCGGCAAAAAUUAGAGUGAAUUUUCAUAUCGCAUUAUGAGCCAUAGAAAAUGUGAACGGUUGGUGGUUAGAAUGUAGUCAGAGAAACAUGAAUCCAUUCAUUUCUGUCAAACCAACAGCACAUUGCUUUCUAGUUUAAGUGUAAAUCAGAUAUCAGAGAGAGACGGGUUACAUUUCAGUGUUAUGAUAAAAUGUAAUAACAUAAAGUGCCAAAACAUGAAUAUUUAGGUAUUGUUUUAUCUGCAAGCUACUGUGUUUAUCAGAAGUACACUAUAAAAGAAAAUGUACAGUUUUCGUGUUGCUCGUUUAAAAGUGUAUUUAAUUAAGUGUUCUCCACAGAGAGAUUGUAAAACAUAUUUUUUUACAAUCAGCCGUAAGUACAGAGUAUGUCAACAAUAUAAAGACUUAUGAAUGACUCAUGAAUUUAGAUUAUAUGUAAAUGUUGUUAUGAGUUUGUGGCCAGCGUUUUCUUAUUGUUAUGCGAAUGGUUUAUAACUACACAGAGCCAAUAUCAGCAAAUCAACGAUUGUCAAAAAAAAGCAGUUCUGUAAACAAUUACUGGUCCAAUGAAGCUAUUCCACAAUUCCCUCUGAUUUAUUUAAUCUGAAGUGCCUGAUGGUCUCAAAAAAAGCUUUGAUGGAUCUACUGUAAACAACCAGUGCCAUGCAGUAUUGAUUUAAUCAUUAGUCAUUUAGUUUUAAUUUCUACAUAGUAGGAAUAUAUUAAUUUAUACACUGUAUUAGAGUGCAUAUAGACAUUUCUAGAGCUUUGAGAUGCGCAAAUCAAAUCCAUUAUGUUACUAUCAGGUGCAUUAUAAAUGCUUUUAGUGCUGACAUGUUCAACUGUGGGAGAAAAGAUAUGUUUGAGUGAGAUGUGAAAGUGUUAAAGGUAGAUUUCACCCAAAAAUGUUGAUUCUGUCAUCAUGUCCAACCAAACCUGACUUUUUACAUGUUUGUACUCUUACAAUGAAAACAUACAGUAUGUCAAGCUCCAAAAUGGCAAAAGGCUUCAUUUUAGUACCAUAAUUAUAUAUGAAGGACUUUAAUGCUGCUUAUUUAGAGCUGGACAACCUGUGAUCAAUAUAUUUUGUAUGGUAACAAGGAACGUAUGCCAUACAGGUUUAAAAAUGACAUGAGGAUGAGUGAAUGAUGACAGAUUUUAAUUUAUUUUUUGAGUGAACUUUUAAUACUUGAGAGACAGAUAACCCCCAACCCUUUACAAGAACAAUAUCUGAUGUCAAUCUAUGAAUCCAACCAAAUUUAUUGCAUCAUCACUGACUGACAAUCAUAAUUAGGUAUUAUCACUCACAUUUUUACGUACUGUAUGAUCGCGAGAAUAACGUGCAUCGGUGUACUAAGUGCUAAAGGUGUUGUUUAUUUCCAGUACAGUAUUAUUCUCUGCCGUGAGUGUAAAUUCUCUGUAUACGUUAAAGACGCACAUGUGCCAGUAAAUGAUGGAUGUACCAGCACUCUCUCUUUAGUCAACACUUGCGGUCAUAAAGUACCAACGAUGUAUGUAAAACUUCUGUGAUUAUAAACGUGCCAUUUUUGAAAUGCAAUAUGCUUUUGUUGCAGCUCAUAGUUGUCGGUGAAUCACAUUGCGGAGUUGAGGUGGUUAUUAAAAUGUACAGUAAAGUGAUGGUCGUCUAGAUUGCACAGAUCUUUAAAAAAAGUGGAAAAUUUAUAUGUUUUAUCCUUGGUUGUUAUUUUAAAGUUUUAAGUGUGUAAUUUGUGUGCUUCUAUCAUCAGCAAACAAAAAUGCACAAAUAAUGACAGGUUUCGAACUCUUCUCAUCUCUCAUUGGCACAAACAUAGCACCGCCCCUAGCGAAAUAAUAAACUUAGAUGAGACAGAUUGCGCUUUUCUUUAAAACAAAAAUAGUAUUUAUGAUAUAAAAUACAUUCUGUACUUAAUAUGCAGAGACAACUAUAAAGUCUUUUGUAGCUGGAUUUUUCUAAAAAAGUGUAAACACUGUGGCUCUUUGGUGCUAUAAAAUGUUUGGCUUGAGUAUUACGACCUUAUCUCAACCAAUAGCGUGAGUUUGGGGCGGGACUAUAUGUUUUUUGGCCAAUGGCAGGCGAGGGGAGUCAUUGAUAAAUGCCAUAAAUUUUCACCAGUGAUGAAAAAAAUGUAUAUUUAUUUGAGCUUUCUCAUUUCUCUUAUCGUCAUUAUUUUUCAACCUGUAAAUUGUAAUGAUCUGGAAAAUGCUCUCAGUGAUAUAGUGAACUUGUCUGUAGAAAUAAAUUGUGAAAUCCUAACGGAGAGCGUCAGAGGUUGCUUGGAUCACGUGACCUUACAGCUUCAUAGGUGUUUGUAUAUAUGAGGGGCCGAGCUCCCUCUGUGGCUCUUUCUAGAUAUAUCUGCAUGAAAAAGACAAAAAAGAGAUUUUUGCUGCUUUAUAUGUUGUUUCUAUGUUCUUGACACCAGCCGUCAUUCUGAGCGUGAGCUCGGAAGGUAACGACCAUGUCUCAAAGCUGUUACAGACGUGUUUUCUUGUGCUUGUUAUAAGUCUGCCUGCCAGUAAGUAAUGCUUUUUAUUUGAUUGUUUAUUGAAGCGCCGUAUAUCUGAGGAACGAGGAGAUUAGUGGGAGAUUUUAUGUGUCUCUUGUGCAGGUCUGACAUGUUUCAUGAUGUCUUCAUAUUGUGGACUAACUCAUUUCAGUCUGAAUGUAACACCCGGACAACAACUGUAUCUUACAUUCAGCUGCUCUGUAAAGAUGCCUGCUGUUUCUUCUGCUUUGAUGUAGAGAUGAUGUCCAUGUUUGACCUGUGAACAUUUUUGUACGUGUCUGAAUUCCAUUCUUGACAAACAACUCUUGAAUUUAUGGAA